AUCAGGAUGCACUGGUUAUUCUUCUCCAGUUUAAGCCUGCUUGUUUGGGAUCCCAGCUUUUUAGGAGCCUUUACACUUCAACCCAGAACUCAGACACACGAGGAGUUUUACUUUGAAUAUGUACCUGAUCGCCUUCAAUGGAAGACUGCAGAGGAACUGUGUAAGCAGCGCUCCGGGGCCUUAGCCACAGUCUCCAACCCAGCAGCAAACCAAGACCUAGCCAGCUUUCUAAAAUCAUUAAACAUCUCUCAGCCUGUGUGGGUUGCCAGGAAACUUCUGAAACAUCAGACAAGUUCCUCCAAGUCCCUGAUUCUGGAGUUCUCUAGGCGCUCGAGCACGAAGAACGCACGCCUAAAGCACAAGUUCCCCUCCAUGGACUCUGUGACUGUUUGCACUCAGCUACGCUUCGAUCCAAACUGCGUUGGAAUUUCCACAAUCUUCUCUUAUUCCAUCCCGUCCUACAUUAAUGAGUUCCAGCUCCGAGCAAACGUGGUCCCGGGCAAGACUGUGCAGUUAGCUCUGCUGAUCCAUGGAAUUCAUGGCCCUUACGAAGAGGCAUUCGAACAUGACGGCUCCUGGCACUCCGUGUGUGUUUCUUGGAGCCAGGUCGGUGGCCACUGGGAACUACAUACUAAUAAAUUUUUAAUAUCAAAGGGGGAUGGCCUUAACAGUAAUAACAGCAUUGGCCCUGGUGGACUUUUCAUCAUUGGUCAAGAGCAGGACACAUUUGGAAAUUCUUUUAACUCUCAUGAAUCUUACUGCGGGAGCAUCACGGAGCUGCACAUUUGGGAUCGGGUGCUGAGCAGCAGUGAAAUAUUCACAAUGGAAAUGGAGUGCUCACCCAUCUCCCCUGGGCUAGCGUUCAAGUGGAGUGAAGCAGCCAUGGAAAUAGAGACCUCCCUUACAAAGCUGUGGAAAGACAACCAAUGUCAAGGUCAGCUGUCUUCUGCCGUGAUAUCAGCCACAGUUCGAGAUGCCUCCAAGGGUCAAACUAUUCCUGCUUCAGUCCAGUACACCCUCUCUUCUUCACACAUGGCAGAGUAUUCACAUAAAGUUACUCCUGUUUGUGCCUUUUGGAAUUUCAGCCUGAUACAUACUCAAACACAUGGCUGGUCCAACGAUGGCUGCUCGGUGAUCUUUGUCAGCUCUGGCGUCACUUCCUGUCAGUGCAACCACACUACCAACUUUGCAGUCUUGAUGAAUUAUCUUGAACCUAAGUGGAGUCUUGAAGAUGAGCUCAUUUUGACCAAGUUGACGUUCAUCGGAUCUGGUGCAUCUCUGUGCGCCCUGAUGGUGACCUUGAUGCUCUUCACUGUGCUGGAUAUUCCCAAAUCAGACAGGACAUCCACUCAUAAAAACCUCUGCAUAGCUCUGAUCUGUGCCCAGGUGAUUCUGCUCUGCAGUGGCUCAGCCAUUCACAGUAAGGUGGGAUGCACACUGGUUGCUGCGCUGCUCCAUCUCUUCUUCAUGGCAGCUUUUAGCUGGAUGCUGGUGGAAGGUCUGUUGCUCUGGAGCAAAGUAGUAGCAGUCAACCUGAGCGAGGACCAUCACAUGAAGUAUUACUAUCUCAUCGGCUGGGGUCUGCCGGUGCUGAUAGUUACGAUCACGCUAGCAUCGGCCUCAGAGAAAUACUCAGCUGAUGAAUACUGUUGGCUCAGUGUCCAGAAUGGCAUCAUCUGGGGCUUUGUCGGGCCUGUCAUCUUUAUCAUUAUGGUGAAUAUCUUGGUGCUGACCAGGGUGGUGAUCAUCACCAUCUCCACAGCUAAAAGAAGGUCCAUCAUGCUUGCUUUGGGCACGAGUCCUGUUGAGCAAGCCUAUGACCAAAUCAGGGCUGCAGUGAAAGCAGUGUUGGUGUUGCUGCCGAUCCUCGGACUGACGUGGCUGUGUGGAGUUUUAGUGCCAUUUUCCAUAGUCAUGGCCUACCUCUUCAUCCUCCUCAAUUCCCUACAGGGCCUGUUCAUCUUUCUGAUAUACGGGGUGUACAACACAGAGGUUCGAAGUACUGUCAACAGGAUCAAGGAGAGAAGAAAAGCACUUAAUUUCUCUCACCUUCAUCCCAGCAAUGUCAAGCUCUGCAGCAGGUUACAAGUUUCUAAUCCAGGACAAGCUGUCCCUUGA